CCGACAGGAUUCUGAACCUCCCCAUUUGGGCAGGGGGCUGAGAAAGAUAGCCCACCCAACUCCACUCCUGUCCCGCCACUGCAAUCUUCUGCCGACAUUUCCUCUCUCUGCCAUCUCCGUUAUCUCCCGCCUCGCUUUCCCACUGGUCUACGAAAGAUGCACAGACUGUCCUUCAAAAACCUGAAAUCCACGGCGGAGAACCUGUGGAACUCACAUUUCAUCCGGCUGAGGGGGUCGAUCAAAAAUGGCAGCAGGGCCCGUUCCCCGAACCCCACGAGCGGUCUGUCCGAGGGAGAUGAGGGGAGACCCUCCCAGCCGCUCCCGAGGAACCAGGAACUGGAUCUCGCUGCGGCGGUUCAGGACAUUCGGACGGGCCAGGCCUCCCUCUACGAGGAGAUGAUGGACGUCGUCGGCCAGGUGGCGGUCAUGAAUGACAAAUUCGACGCUCAUCAGAAGCAGAUGGAGGCGCUGGGGGACAGGGUGCGGGCGAACGAGGUCGGCGCCACCAAACUCGAUAAAUACCUGUGCACGUUGGAUCAGACGAUUAACUUAUUUCAGGAGAAGGCGGCGGACCUCGGAAGCCAGUGUGAGUGUCCCGGAGCCCGCUGGGAGGAGAGUCCUGAGGAGACGGAGGAGAGGGAGAUGAUGGACCUCCUCCACCGGCUCCUGAUGAUGCCCCUCGCCCAGGAGGAAGCCCCCGACAGUCAGAGGGAGCCCUCCGCUCCCACUCCCGGGGAGGACGGAUGGGUUCCGAUAAAGUCCGUGAGGCAACCCCCUUGGGAAAACCCCGCCCUCAUCCCGGAGCAGGCCGCCGCAGAGAUCUACGUUUACCCCGACUUCGGCACCUGGAUCGAUCUCGCCUUUCCCCUUGGGACAAAACGGCGGGUUCUUCUGAGCACCACCAGAUUGGAAGAAUUGAUGCGAUGGAUUCUGACCAGGUCAGCCUUCUUGGAGAUACCCCAGCAGCGCUCUGCCUUUUCUGGUCCGAUCGGCUGGCUCAACACCCUGUGCUUCUCCACUUGCAACUACCUCUACUGGCUCUACCUCUCCCUGAAGGAGCGAGUAACUUGGAUGUAAGGAGUUCGAGAGAUUCUAUUGCCUUGGCUUCCUUGGGUGGCAAAUAAAGGCCGAAUAAAAUAAUAAUUCCGGUA